GUUUCAUACCAUCGCACACCUUCCAACACACAUCUCGUAUACCUUCCAACAUACAUCUCGUAUACCUUCCAACAUACAGCAUCGUCUUGUGUAAUAUCAUCUAUCGUUCCACGUUCCACAAAAAACACAACACAAUGGCAGUCGGAGCAAAGACCUCUCACCGCACCCGCUAUGAAAAGAAACCAUGGCGGAAAACUCCCCUCGUAGAAUCCACCAAACUCUCCGAAGCAGCAGGAUGCAGAAUCUUUCUCAAACUCGAAAACCUCCAACCCUCGGGCUCCUUCAAAUCCCGCGGCUUGGGAAACCUCGUCCUCAAAACUUUCUACUCCUCCCCAGAACCCCACAAACUCCACAUCUUCUCCUCCUCCGGCGGAAACGCAGGCUUGGGAGCCGUCUAUGCGGCAAACUUCGUCGGUCGCCCUUCAACCGUCUGUGUGCCCAUGUCGACGAAACCCCACAUGAUCGAAAAAAUCAAAGCCGCAGGCGCCACGGAAGUGAUCCAACACGGCCCGACAUUACACGCCGCGGACGUGUAUUUGAAAGAAGUCGUCAUGCCGGCGGCGCGGAUGAGGGGAGAGGUGCCGUUGUACGUCAACCCUUUCGAUCAUCCGGAUAUUUGGCAGGGACAUUCGAGUCUUGUGGAUGAAGUUUCUGAGCAGAUGGCGGAGAUUGGGGAGCAGGAGGAGGGGCCGGAAUUGAUGGUUUGUAGUGUGGGCGGGGGAGGGCUGUUUAAUGGGAUUAUGGAAGGGAUUGAACGGCAGAUAGGGAAAGGUGAGGGGAGGGGAUGGGAGGCGACGCAGGUUCUUUGUGUCGAGACGGAAGGGGCGGAUUCUUUGGCGCAGAGCUUGGCCAGCGGGGAGAAUACGACGCUGAAGGGCAUUACGAGUAUUGCGACGAGUCUCGGGGUUGUGAGGGUUAGUGAUCGGACGUUUGAGCUUGUGAGGGAGGGGAGGGAGACGGGGAAGGUGAAGAAUGUUGUGUUGUCGGAUGCCGAGGCUGCGAUGGGGUGUUGGAGGUUGGCGGAGGAUGAGAGGAUUCUGGUGGAGGCUGCUUGUGGGGUGAAUGUUGCGUUGUGUUAUGGGAAUCGGUUGAAGAAGGCGUUGGGUCGGCCGGUUAGGCCGGAUGAGAAGGUUGUGCUUGUGAUUUGUGGGGGGUCGAAUGUUUCUACGAGUAUUGUGGAGGGUUGGAAGGAGGAGUAUGCUGGGGUGUUGGAGACGACGAUCUACUGACUCCGUGCCUUUUGGAUGCGGGUUUCGAUUGUGUUGAGGUUGACAGUUCUUGCUCAUAGAUCAUAUCAUCUAUUCGAGCUUGUUGUUUGCUAUAUAUGUGCCUGCUGUGGCUGAUUUGUCGACGACUC